AUGGCAGACACGUUUGACUUUGUUGUCGUUGGAGCGGGCACAUCAGGCUGCCUCCUCGCCCACCACCUCGCCAACUCCCCCGCAAAGCCCACCGUCCUCGUCCUCGAAGCCGGCGCCCAACCUUCAGGCGACUUCCUCAACGCGCCUGCGCACCGCUACCACGCCGCCAUCUUCCGCCCGGACCUCGACCACGGCUACGUCUCCGAGCCCGAAUCCGCCCUCAACUCGCGUACAAUCGCGUACACGCGCGGCAAAGGCCUCGGCGGCUCCUCAAUCCUGAAUUUCGGCGUGUAUCUGAAAGGCAGCGCGGCGGACUACAAUGAGUGGGCUGAGCGCGUCGGGGAUGAUGCAUGGCGGUGGGAGACGGUGAUGAGGGAUUAUGCGGCAAUUGAAACGUAUGAGUUUGAUGGGGCGGAGGAGUAUAGGCAUUUGGCUAGGCCGGAGCCAAGCGCGCAUGGGAAGGAGGGGAAGGUCAAGAUCGGGCUGCCGCCGCAGCUGGAGAAGGGCGUGUUGGCGACGAUGCAGGCCCUGGUUGAUGCGGGUGAGGAAGUUAAUCUGGAUCCUAACAACGGGAAUCCAAUCGGCAUGAGCGUGUUUCCGUACAGUUAUAGUAAGGAUGGGAGGAGUACGAGUGCGAUUGCGCAUUUAAAGGAUGCUGGGAGGAAUUUGAAGGUUUGGACUGAUGCGAGUGUGGAGAGGUUUGUGUGGAGUGGGGAUGGAGAGAGGGUUGUGGGUGUUGAGAUUGCGGGUGGAAGGAGAGCGCAUGCUGCGAAAGAGGUCAUUCUUUGCGCUGGCGCAAUCGACUCGCCGCGUCUGCUGCUCGUCAACGGCAUCGGGCCUAAGUCUGAGUUGGAAAGUGUUGGUGUCACUGUCAAGAAAGACUUACCUGGUGUAGGGAAGCACCUACAGGACCACGUACUAGCCUUCAUGAGCGUAGAGGUCGACGGUGCCAUGAAUGACCGAUGGGCUUUCGAGUCUGACGAGAACUCGAUGAGCGAAGCCGUCGCUCUCUGGGAGAAGGACAAGACAGGAGCUUUCGCGUUGCAGCACUCGUGUUUAUGGGGCGGAUUCCUCAAACACCCCGAACUCAGCUCGUUCCCCGAAUACACCGCGCUUCCAGCGUCAACGCAGCAAUUCCUCGCCAAAGACAACGUCCCGACUUUCGAGUUCAUCAACAACUGCCUGGCCUGGCCGCCCGGUGUCCAGAUCGAGAAGGGCAACAGCUACAUGACCUGCAUUGCGUUCUUGAUGAACCCACAGAGCGAGGGGUCGGUCACCCUACGAUCGUCCGAUCCAAACGACAAGCCCAUCAUCAACCUCAACUUCCUGACACAUCCCUACGAUGCGCGCAUUAUGCGCGAAGCCGUGCGCUCGGUUUGGGCGAAGAUCACGCACAACGAGGUGCUGAAGGCGUCCAUCAAGCGCAUGCUCUGUGGACCGGCCAGUCUGUCCGAUGCUGACGUCGAUGCGUUCGUACGCGACAAUGCAAGCACCGUGUGGCACGCCAAUGGUUCGGUGAUGAUGGGCAAGGAGGGUGAAAAGGGCGCUUGUGUGGAUAAGGACUAUAAGGUACUCGGCGUGAAGGGGCUGAGGGUUGCUGACUUGAGUGUCUGUCCGCUGACGACGAAUAACCACACGCAGCCCACGGCUUACCUGGUCGGGUACAAGGCGGCGCAGAGACUCAUCGAAGAGUAUGAGCUAGGUACAGCGGGGGGAGCGAAGAAGGGCAUUAUUCUGGCCAAAAUGUAGGUAUCGAGAAGAUGGUGCGAUACCACUCUUAAGGUGCAAGGUUGACGAAGGGCGCGAAACACAGUGACUCGGUCCUGAAUUAGCCACUGCGCGACGAUGACGCACGACAUGAUUUAGUCAGGUACGAGCACGUUUGUAGCGGAAUCAAGGAUGUUACCGAAUCGAUUCAUUGAUAGCGGGUUGUUGCAUGGGUGA